AGACUUUUUCUCAAAAUUGGUUCCUCCCUUCGCCCCGAAAUCCCAAAAUUUGGCAUGAAAUAUUCUUUUUUCCCUCCUUUCUUUUUCCCAAAAACGGUUCCCUCCCCCUCCCCAAAGAAAUCCUAAAACUUUGCCUGAAAUUUCUUCUCUUUUUUUUCCCCAUUUUAUUUUUCCCAAACCAUUUCUCCUCUACCCCGAUUCCCUUUAUUUUUUCCCCCAGUUUCCCCAAAUCGAUAGCCCUCUACAUCUCCGUCGGUAGCCCGCGGCUAUAUCUCCGUCGACAUAUGCGGUCAAGUAUAUUAAAAGAGGACCCAAGAUAGAUGAACAUGUGCAGAGGGAGAUUAUGAACCAUAGUGACUACCUGUUCAAGCUUCUGCUUAUUGGAGAUUCUGGUGUUGAAAAAUCUUGUCUUCUUUUGAGAUUUGCUGAUGAUUCAUAUGUAGAAAGCUACAUAAGUACCAUUGGGGUUGAUUUUUGGGAUACUGCUGGCCAAGAACGGUUUAGGACAAUCACUGGUAGCUACUAUCGUGGUGCCCAUGGCAUAAUAAUCGUUUAUGAUGUGACAGACCAAGAAAGCUUCAACAAUGUCAAGCAGUGGCUGAGUGAAAUUGAUCGCUAUGCUAGUGAUAACGUUAACAAACUACUAGUUGGAAACAAGUGUGAUCUUACAGCUAAUAAAGUUGUAUCAUACGAAACAGCCAAGGCAUUUGCAAAUGAAAUUGGCAUACCUUUUUUGGAAACCAGUGCAAAAGAUGCCACAAAUGUUGAACAAGCUUUCAUGGAAAGGAGAUGGCAUGCGCUAGGGCUUGGCUAUCACUCAGGUCUUCGGCGGGCUGAUAUCGAGCGGGCAGCAGUUAUACACUAUGAUGGAGUCAUGAAACCCUGGUUGGAAAUAGGAAUUGCUAAAUAUAAAGGCUGUUGGAGCAAACAUAUGCAGUAUGACCACCCUUACUUACAGCAGUGCAAUAUCCAUGAAUAAUUGACAUGAUAACGGCAUAGAAGUGGAAUUAUUUGAUUCAUUGAUGUAAAAUUUUAACCUAAUUUUUACAUCCACAAGUAUUAGAUAAUUUUAUUAUUUAUUUUAGUUUUGAUUCUAAA